UGCAGGACGUCGACGAUGUUGUUUGAGCUGUGAAGUCAAGAGUGAAGUGAAGAAGAGGCCUUUCCAACACAUACUGUAGGCUGCAGAAUUUAUCUCUCACUGGCUUCUUAGUCAUUGAAAGGCAGCUACCAUUGCACUUUAGUGUUAACAUUCUUCUCAUCAUAGCAACGAUUGGCUAAAUUUGCUUCGCUUUUGGAGCUGGACUCCGAGCCUCCUCCAACAUGUCUUUGAAAAAUCUCGUUGCUCAGCGCAUCCAGACUGAUGUGAUUGACGCUGUGACUAAGAAAGGGCAAUGGGCGGUGUUGGUUGUGGACCACCUCAGUAUGCGUGUGAUCUCAGCAUGCUGCAAGAUGCACGAGAUCUUGUCGCGUGGCAUAACACUGGUGGAGUCUAUUGAAAAAUCACGCGAGCCGCUUCCUCACCUCGAUGCCAUCUAUUUCAUCUCGCCAACAGAAGCUUCUGUUACAUCGAUUGUCCGGGACUUUGUGAACGACCGAUCAGAGCCACUAUAUCGCUCCGCUCACAUCUUCUUCACAGAACCAUGCUCAGACGCCCUGUUCCAGAAGCUCGCCGUACCAAGCAUUGCCCGAGUCAUUCGUACGAUGAAGGAAGUGAAUAUCGCCUUCAUGCCGGCGGAAAGCAGGGUGUUCAGUCUGGACGCACCCGAUGCGUUCCAGCACUUCUUCAGUCCUUCGUCAUCACGUGCCCGUUCAGUCAGCUUAGAUCGUUUAGCUGAACAAAUUUCAACAGUCUGCUUCACCCUGAAUGAGUUCCCUGCCGUGCGCUAUCGAUCUGAGUCAGAUCGCACCAAGGAGCUAGCAGACAAAGUACAGGAGUCGCUGGACAAGUAUAAGCGCGAUGUCGACUCAAACCUCGGCCAGGCACCCGGAAAAUCAAAAUCUCAGCUUCUUAUCUUGGACAGAGGGUUUGACCCAGUAUCCCCGGUGUUACACGAGCUGACGUUCCAGGCAAUGACGUAUGACCUUCUCAAGAUCGAGAAUGAUGUUUUCCGGUAUGCGUUCACUGGUGGUAGUGGACAGACGGGAGAGCGAGAGUGUUUGCUGGACGAUAAUGAUGACCUGUGGGUGGAGCUGCGCCAUCUGCAUAUUGCUGAAGUGUCACAGAAAGUAUCGUCCAUGCUGAGAUCAUUCGUUGAAUCCAAGAAAGAGACAAAGGGCAAGUCGGUGAACAUGCGCGAGCUGUCAAAGCUUAUCAAGAAAAUGCCCCAAUACCAGAAGGAGCUGAACCGGUACUCCCUGCAUUCACAGCUGGCCGAGGACAACAUGGUGCGGUUCCGUGGCAACGUGGAGAAGCUUGUCAGCAUCGAGCAGGACCUGGCAAUGGGCACGGAUAGUGACGGCGAGAAAGUCAAGGACCCCAUGCGUCUGAUUGUGCCUGUGCUGCUCGACGAGAAGAUCAGCAAGCUCGACAAGAUUCGCAUCCUUCUGCUCUUUAUCAUCAUCAAGAAUGGCAUCAGCGAUGAGAACCUGGAAAAGCUGAUGCGCCAUGCCGGUAUCCCAUCUGCCGAAGCCGCCACCAUUCUCAACAUGCAGCACCUGGGAGUGAAGAUCAUCGAGGAGGAUGGCAGCAAGAAGAAGAAGCGGCCAAAGCGCAAGGAUCGACACAACGACUUUGCCUUGUCGCGAUGGACACCGCUCGUAAAGGAUAUGAUGGAGGAUGUUACGGAAGGACAGCUCGACAAAGACUUGUACCCGUUCUUGCGGAAGGAAGCGCAGACCGCCGCACUUUCCGGGGAUGAUAGUCAAGCAAGUUCAGGCCCAAUCAGUGCCCGUUGGAAGUUCAAGCCAGAUUCUCAUGUGGCAGCUGAAGCCAAGUCUGGUCCUAGGUUGAUUAUUGUUGUGGUUGGUGGUGCUACGUAUUCCGAGCUGCGGGCAGCUUACGAGGUUUCAAAGGCCAACAGCACCUGGGAAGUGAUCAUUGGUGGAACUGAGUUGCUGACACCAGGUGCCUUCUUGAAUAACUUGCAGCAGUUGUCAGACCCCAGCACAACUACUCAGGCAGUGUAACUUAGUUAGUCCGUUGUAGGCAACAUGUUGUGCUAACUGUGUCAUCCGUCCUUUUGUCUCUCUCUCGUCUCUCUCUCUCUCUCUCUCUCUCUCUCUCUCUCUCUCUCUCUCUCUCUCUCUCUCUCUCUCUCUCUCUCUCUCUCUCUCUCUCUCUCUCUCUCUCUCUCGUCUCACUCACUCUUUCUCCCUCUCCCUGCCUUCCUCUGUUGUCUAUCUACCUCAGUCUUGACUCUGUGCAUUUCCCUCUCCCACUGUAUUUUCUAUACUGUCUCUAAUACAACUAUAUACCGGCCUGUACAAAAUCCACAGUUUUACUUUCUUGCUCUAAAUCGCCUCAUUAAUUUGACCUGCCACGAUAUUGCUGAUUUUUGUUGUUGUAUGCGAAAGCACUAUUCCAGUCAACGGCUGCCCUGCGCGAGCUGUAUCUAGCAUCUCUGCUACGUUCUUGCCUGUUGAUUUCCUUGUUCGUGACAGAGUCAUGCUGCAGCGUAACGCUUGUUUCCUAGUGCGUACACAAAUUUAAUUUCUUUUUUUCUUUUUUAGACCUUCAGAAAUACUGCUAGACCAAAUACCGACCCCUACAUGUUUGUUCUAUUCAUUUGUGACCAUACUUUGAAUUAUUACUCCCAUGCUCAUAACGUUAGAUUUGCCGACUGCGCCGCAAGCAUAGUAUACGGCGCUCUCCGCUUUUCUGCACUUAUUUGCCGUUCUGUUCGUCUUUGUUCGCACGCAAAAAAAACCAACGGCAUGCAAUGUAGUUCGACGCUUGUUUUCAUCUGCAAUGCUUCAUGUGUCUCCUGCUCCUUCUCGAUCGCCAUGUCAUCAUGUUCUGCCGUUGGUGUUCUACAAGUGGAUGUGUUUUGGGGGAAGUCCCUUUCCUCUAUCCUGUGAUGUUGCUGUUAGAGAGUCAAUGCCACUUUACCCCUUUGCCUUUGCCUUCCGCAUUUCAUCUCCGUGUUCGCUUCUUGUAUUUUGCUGCCGCUCUCAUGAAUACCAUCACUGAUCAGUGUUGUGCGCUGUCUGCUGAUGCUACACGCGUUGAUGGACGAAUUUUGCCCGAUAUGCUA